AUGCUCGGAAAGCUCUUCCUCACUCUCGAUGCAAUAGGCCUCCUUUUCGGUGCGCCCAUCGCCGACUACAACCACACGCAUAUCUUCAACCCACGCUGGCCGCCACACGCCAAAUUCCACGGCGCCCAAACCAUAACCCUCUCGGUCCUCCUCGGGCUCGCCACGCUCUACUACACCUGGCGGCCCUCGCUGCCGCAGGGGGCAUCGACGCCGGCGGCGGCGGCGCUCGCGAAGCAGCGGAAGCAGGACGCCCUGAACGCGGCCGUCUUCACGGGCACCAUCUACUGGGCGGCGGGGCUGGCGUCGAUCCUGUACCCCGGCACGGACGGCAUUGACCCGGAGUUCGGGCCGUCCGGGUUCCCGCAGGCGCCGGUUUUUGUCGGGUUCGCGUCGGCGGCGGUGCUGGGGUGGAUGUUGGAGAGGAGGGUUUGA